CAAACUUACCCCUCUCUUUACAACCAGUUGCCCACUCUCUUCUCGUUUUUCGACACGCGCACACUACUCCGCAAGCGUGAACGAACGACCCCCUCCGCCGCCGCGCCACGACGGCCGGCGAUCCCGUCGCCGUCAAGCUCAUGGACUCGGCCUCCCUUUAGGUUCGACCCCAAACGACGCCGUUUCCUCCUCGUCUAUCAUCUCAUGCACAACGGUAACCUCCACGACUCCCUCACCUCACGCUCUGGAAAAACCGCAUGCUGGUAGAGAGAACACUGCCUCGGAUUGGAUUGGAUUGGGAAGGAGGUGAAAAAAGAAAGGCCGAACGUGGUGAAGAAGAUAAGUAGGAAGAAAUUGGGAUGAUAGUGGAGUUUUUUGAAGGAAAAGAGAAGGCCAGCGAGAAGGGUUUAUUAUUCGGCUUUCACAAUUCGGAAAUUCGUAAAAAACUCUAGAAGCGUUUUCGGUUGGGUUUCCGGGUCAAGCUUUUUAUUGAACCGAACCGAACCGACCUGAAUCCACAGUGUGCUUCCUCGUCAUCUCAAGUUUUGCUCAUCAUUCUCACUGCAGCUAUUAUUGACUCUGUUUCCAAAGACGCAAUGGCAUCCUUAGAUAUUCAUUCACUGCUUUUAUUCUCUGCCAUUUUCCGUGUUAUUUUGAUUGUGUAUGGAGAGUGGCAAGAUGCUCAUAUGGAGGUUAGAUACACUGAUGUUGACUACCUUGUCUUUUCUGAUGCUGCUGCUUUAAUGGCUGUGGGCGAUUCCCCUUAUAAGAGAACCACUUAUCGCUAUUCCCCUUUGCUUGCCUUUCUUCUCAUUCCAAAUUCGUUCAUCCAUCGCUCCUGGGGAAAGUUUCUUUUCUCGGCUUCAGAUCUACUUGUGGGAUAUUUCAUCUAUUAUAUUUUAAAGCUACGGAAGGUUCCUGAAAAUUUGUGCAACUAUUCUGUCAUGACUUGGCUCUUUAAUCCAUUUACCUUCACCAUUGGGACACGUGGGAACUGUGAACCUAUUGUUUGUGCUGUGGUAUUGUGGAUUAUUAUUUGUCUUAUGAAAGGUAAUGUGUUACAGUCAGCAUUUUGGUAUGGACUUGUUGUCCAUUUCAGGAUUUAUCCUAUAAUUUACUCUAUUCCUAUAAUCCUGGUUCUUGAUCCGAACUUCUUCCCAUCUAAUCAGAAACCUGUCCUAAGGAACUGGAGUGCUGUUCAGGGAGAGAGACCCAAAGAUGGUUGUGGCCAGCAUACUUUACACAAUCUAUUUAAAAACAUAUUCACAAGGAACAGACUGAUAUUUGGACUGGUCUCUGGAUUGGUUUUCCUCUUUUGUACUGGUCUUUUCUUCUGUUUAUAUGAGUGGGAAUUCCUACACGAGGCGCUGUUGUACCAUCUUACUCGAACAGAUCCAAGGCAUAACUUCUCCAUCUAUUUCUAUCACAUAUAUCUCCAUUAUGGGCAGGAUACUUCAGUCGUGGAAAAGCUUAUCUCCUUUUUGCCCCAAUUUUUUGUUCAGCUGGUUCUUAUCUUCUGCUUUGCACAAGAUUUGACAUUUUGCCUAUUUGUGCAGACUGUGGCCUUUGUGGCAUUCAAUAAGGUGAUUACAGCACAGUAUUUCGUUUGGUUCUUUUGUUUGUUGCCUCUAAUACUUCCUUGGAGUAAAAUGAAACUUAGAUGGGAUGGAUUAUCUUGCAUUCUUGUGUGGAUUGGGGCUCAGACCCAUUGGUUGAUGUGGGGCUACCUGCUUGAGUUCAAGGGUAAAAAUGUCUUCUUACAGCUUUGGGCGGCAGGCUUACUGUUUCUAGCAGCCAACAUAUUUAUCCUCGUCAUGAUUAUUCGUCACCAUAAAUAUGCUUCAGUUUUCAAAGCUUUAGAAUAUGCUAACUCCAAGAAUGCAGCUAAGCUUGAAUGAUGGAGAGGGACAUAGAAGAGGAGGUUACCGUACAGGCAUUCUGCUCUAAUGAAAUAAUGAACUAAAUACAGAAGACACUGAUCGUCCAAGGAUUUUUCUUAACUAGUUAGCGAGUUGGCCAUACAUAAAUACUAUUUGACAAUGUUGUUUUUCUUUCAGUUUCAGUGGAGAGUGAAUUGUAAAAGUUACUUCUAUGCUUAUGCUUACAUUGCUGAGCUCUAGAAUUUUCAGAGAAAUUACACACCUUUUUUGAGGUAUGAGAAACAUAUAAUAUAAUGUACUGUUUACAAAAUGACAAAAUCUUGGGGCAAUAUGUUGCAAUUGGUUUCUGGCUGGUGUAA